UAACAAGAAACUAAAUUUUCUAGCGGGAAACGGUGCGUUUUAUAGGCAUCAGUUAAAAAGUAUUGCUCACUCAGUCUCUCUCUCUCUCCGCCAGUUCUUAGGGAAAACCCCUCCUAAACCCUAAUUCCCGAUUUCCCAAACUAAAUGCCAGGCGUCCCGUCGGCUUCCGGCGGUGCGUCGGAUUCAAUCAGUAGUAAUGUAUUAGUCCCCUACUUGCCAGAAUCUCAAGUGUCCGUAGUUUACCCGCUGCGGCACGGCCUAAAACCCCCAAUUUCCCGUGUAUCCAUUUCUUUCGCUCGAGGCAACUCCUUACGCAUAUCAGUUUUUCGGCAACCAUUCUCCGAUUCCGACACUGAUUCCGAAAUAGGAGGAAAGGUACUGGAGGUGAAGCUAGGCGGCAAUGGAGAUGGAGAGUUAAAUGAUGCGUAUUGGAGAAGAAUUGCGUACGCCUCUGUCUCCCCUUAUGCGCUCCUUAAAAGUCGGAGGAAUUGUGCUUCCAACUUAUCAAAAUUGCAAUUAAGUCCUUCUCCAUAUCAUCUGGAAUGGUGGGAGUAUGUGAUGGAAUACAGCAAAGACAUAAGUUCAUUUCUUGUUAAUCCCAAGUCCUCAACUGCUGGUCCAGUGAUUGAAGACCCAAAGGAAUUCUUAGAGAAACGUGAGCGACCAACCUGUUUAAGGGCUGCAUGGGAUCUGAUGGAGAUUUUUUAUGCCGAUAAGCUGGCCCAAUCAUGGAUUCCCGAGCGUAUGGUUGACUGGCUGUCUGAUUAUGAUAUCCUAUUGUCCAGCACACAGGAAACAGUUUAUAUGAAACUUGUGGAGUUUCAAGAAGAACUAGUCACCUUACAGGUCAUAGAGGAUAAUCCUAAAUUUUGGGAGGUGAUAUCAUCAGCACUAGCAGUUGGUUGGCUAGAGAUUGCAGUGAAAGUGUUGCGGUUGCAUGGAUCUUAUCAACUGGAUCAGCUUGGCAGUAGAGAGACAGAGAAUGGUCUGGUAGAGGCUGUUGCUGUGCUUGUUUCAAAGAUGCCACGCAUUCGUCCUGGAUUAACAGCUGGGAAAUUGGGUGAAUGCUUUAAAGCCAAGCCUGACUUUAUGAAGGCAUGGGAGAGAUGGCGAGCACAAGUAACUAAGUUAGAGUCCAGUGCAUUCUGGGUUCAGUGUGAUCACCGUCGUACACGGGAGGGAUUGAAAAACAUGCUUCAGAUCAUGCUGGGAAACACUAAUAUUCUGUCAACCAUGACUUGUAAUUGGGUGGAGAUGUAUAUAUCUCACAUUCUAUACAUUAGGCCAUUCACAGUAGGUUUGGAAAGCAUGUACAGCCUAGCUCAGAAAUGCAUUCAAUUGAAACCAACUUCCAGCCCGCAUAAGUUGAUGCAGCUUAUACUUGGAAUACUCGGAGAAAAUACUGAGGUUAUAUUAGCAGAAUGCUCAAGAGGGUUUGGUCCUUGGAUGGUGACUCAUGCCAUAGAGUUAUUGACCGCUGGAAGCGUUCAAGCGGAAAUGCUUUUAAAUGAGGAGCGUGAUAACUUGGGUGGAAUCAGUAUAGGGGAGCUCCACCAGCUUGUUUAUGCUCAAGUUCUAUCUUCCCAUAUCUUGACUUGGCAAAUUGCUCCAAUUUACUUGAUAUCAUGUAUAAAGCAGGGGAUGGGAUUGCUGGAGAGUCUAUUAUACCGGCAGCCUGUUCAAUAUAAUGAACUGCUGAUUAAGAAUCUGGAGAUUUGUCGUCUUAAUGAACUUGACAGUGUCAGCAGAGACAUUAUGAAGAUUGCAGGAGUAUACCACUGGAAACAUGGUAAGAAAGGUUCUGGAGUUUAUUGGCUUCGGCAAGCUCGGGAUGAAGUUUCUCUCAACAGAAUUGCUCAGCAGUUGUUUGAUUCUGUUGGAAAGUCGAUCUCUGAUGAAAGUUUCAAGCAAUGGGAAGGUUUAAUUGGAUUACUGGGUUCAGAAUCUAAGCCUGCUGGUGGUCUUGAGUUCCUGCACAAGUAUAGGGAUUUUAAGAAAUCCCUUAAGCAGGUUUAUGAUGGAAAAACUACAGAUGCUGCUCGGGUAGCUGCAGAAUCACUGUUGUCACUUAUGAAAAGCCCUUCUACUCCUCAACGUUUCUGGCUACCUCUUCUAAAUGAUUCGCUGAAAUUGCUUAGCUGGGAGGAGCGACCUCUGCUAAAUGUCUCUCAAACAAACCUUCUGUUGAAUAAACUGCAAGAGUUGUCGAUGGCAAGAUUACAUCCAGACUCUGUUGAAGCAGACUUCCCACCCCAGACCUUAAACUCUGUCAGACUAGCUCUUGCCACAAAUCUUGGACGUGCCAUCUUAGAGGAAUCAUAAUCCUCUGCUUGACAUUGUUUGAUGCCAGUCAUGCAGAAUACCUUUCGACUCCAAUUCCCUGCUACCCCUGGUGAUCAAGCCAUUAGCAGGCAUAAUUAUCCAUGGUGAAAUUGACAUUUGGCAAAUGCUGUGGAAUGGGCCAUAACCUUUGUGUUUUUUCACACAGCUGAUGAUUCAGGGGCCAAUCGGUUGCAUCUUCAAGUAGCAAUUAGUAGGUGUUGCUAAGCUUGAGUUGAGAUCGAUCUUGUAGCUGUGUCUGGCAUUAUUGUAAAAUUAGUCAUUUUUCCUCCGACAGAAUAGCUUAUGGUUAGCAGGAAAAGAGAUUCCUGUAAUAGGGUUUUGAAAUGUAAUAUGCUUUUAGAGCUUGAUAAAUCUUCCAUCUUGAUCUUGGUGUUUUGUGCUGUUCGAAUUUUGGUUAACGAGAAGGAACUGUUGGUUGGUAGAUAAAUUUGAUAUGUAAGAACCAAGUUGUGUUAAAUCAGUGACCCGCUAUAUUAACAGAAUUGCACGGGUAAGGAAAAUUUAGCCAUGCGUUCUGGUUGUUUCUUCAA